UUUGGCUUCUUCUACAAGAGCAUCUAGUUGGAAUAUUGAAAUCUCUUUGCUAGACUCAUUUGCCUUCUCUGUCCACUAAGAUUUAGGAGCAAUAAAGAGUAAAAAGGAUGACAAAAAGGCCCUGCAGGUAAAGGUGCUUGAUUAAAAACAAAACAACCUGAGUUUUAACCGAGGGACUCACAUGACUGAGAGAAAACCUACUCCACAAAGCUGUCCUGACCUCCAUCUGCCCACAUUAAUUAUAGGUCUAAUAAAAAUGGGUUUCUUUUAAAUAAUGAAAUAAGGCACCAAUCACUAUGAAAAGAAAUUAGACUUGAUACUUCACUGACAAAAGUCCGAGACAUGAAACUAGCCCUAAAUAUAUGAGAUGUGAAGAUAGCCCUGAGUAUAUUUGUUUCUAGGCUAUCUUUUGUUUUAUAGUGCCUUGAUAGUUAUGUAAACUAAAACUAUUUUCCUGGUAUUACUAUAUGGUAGAAAGUUCAUAAUUUUGGAACUGUUAACUAAAUAUGAAUUUGCUAUUUAGCACUUGAGUCUGGAAGAAGCUUUUGGUGUUGUAUCACAACAAACAAAGGGAUCAUGUUUGUCUUGCCAGGAAGUUUUUGGGGAGAUGACCAACUCUGAUUAUUUGCUGACUCACGACUAACUGCUGAGUUAUGUGGCUGGUCUUAGUUUCUAAUGAUGACUAAGCAGUAUCCUAGAAACCCAGUCAGCAUGGAAGUUAACAAAACACAAAAUAAGGCAUUAUCUUAGAAGACCAGGCACAUACACUUAAAUUACUGUCAAAUGAAGAUUCAGUCCCACAAGCAGGACAUCAUUUGACCCAGUAGAGUGAACUGAUACUGUAAGAGGAUAACAUGGCUUUCCUGUGUCAUUGAAACUCACCUCUUGCUAACAUUUUGUACAAAACUAAGAAAAAUGGGCUGGGUGUGUAGCAUAGUGUUUACCUGGCAUGCACAAGGUACUUGGUUUGAUUUCCAGUAUCACAGAAAGGAAAAAAAAAAUAGAUUUUAUAGAAGGAGCUGUUGCUGCCCUGUGUAACUUUUGUUGUUUUGUUACAAAUUGCUGUGAAAAUAGUUAAUGAAACUGCAAUAGCAUCAAAUGUUUAUUGCUAUGGUAGUAAUUAUCCUAGCUAUUAAAAGUUUUAUGGUUUUUGUUCUUUCCUUUGUUCUAGAGAGAAGAGACUGAAAACCAAAUAUACAGCCAUGUUUCCACGUGAAUCCAUAAUAGCAGAAUCAGAAUAUGCUACUUCUGGAAGGGACAGAGUUUUGUAACCCUUCCUGUGCUAGAACCAGUGCGCCAUGCUCUUUAUACUCACUCAGUCUUUGUCUUCCCCCAUCUGGUGGAAUGAAAAACCCCCUCUGCUCUGUCCACUGUUGGAGGGAACUCUGGGAUGGGUGUUUGUGGAAAUACCCCAAAGGUUUAGAGUUCUUAAGUAGAGAUUCUUCUUUCCAAAGUGGGUGUUUUCCAUCGGGACAUCCUAUCCAAAUGCAAAUAGAUGCCUGUUGUUCUCCUUGGUAUUUUUAGAGCUAGGAAGUGGUGCCUCCUUUGGUUGAAUCCAUUUGCCAGCAUUGAGACCAAACUGGAUUAUUAAUUAUAGGGAGGGCAGAUACCUAUUUUAAGACCUAGAGUUGAGACACCAAGAAUUUGAAAUCUUAAGUUUCUAGCUUUUGUCCUGUUUAUCAUUUCCAUUACCUGGGUACUUAUGGCUGUAAUUAACAGGCGGUGAAGCUGGUUAAUUGCUUUUUCCUAUCCUGAACCCUGCUUCCUCAUCUGUGGUGGGACGGGGACGAAAUGGGAUGUAGAGUCUACUUUUAUGACCUUUAUUUAGCAUUCAUCAUACAGGGCACUGUUCUCAGGAUACAGUGUCUUCAUUUAAUUCUCUUCCAGGAAUAUCGCUCUUGCCAUUUUACAUAGGAAACAGUAAUUUGUCCAAGGUUACAAAGGUAUUGAGGGGAGGGAGAACCGAAAUUUACAAACAGCACCUGGCUUUAGCUCUAGGCUGUCCUGUCUGUGUCCCUGGGGAUGAGGAGCGGAGUCAGCAGCUGGCUGUAACUGAUUUGAAUGAUCUUCAUACAGUUGAUCUUCCACAGAAAAGAAAGCUAAGGAUCUUUGUCUUGAGGACUAGGACUCACACUGGCUGCUCUGCACUUCUCAGUGCUCUUUGCUCAGUCUUCUGGACGCUGGGAUUACAAGCCUGAGUCACUGCCCCACUGAGAAAACCCGUGGGUUUAGCCAGGAAAUCCAUGAAGAAAAUGGGAAUGGCAUUCCAGGAAUUUGUCAGUUAUUCCUAAUGAUCUUUACGCCUGAUUGUCAACCAGGUUUCUGUUUCUCUGAGAAAGACUUCUAAAGUGAAGAACUUUUCCCCUACCUAUCUCAGUGUGCUGUAAGCAGGAUAACCUUUCUUGGUUUUUAGAACUUCAGCUAUCAAAAUGGGCAGAAUCUUUCUUGAUCAUAUCGGUGGUACCCGUCUGUUUUCUUGUGCAAACUGUGAUACAAUCCUGACCAAUCGCUCAGAACUCAUCUCUACUCGGUUCACAGGCGCCACUGGUAGAGCAUUUCUUUUUAACAAGGUAGUUAACUUGCAGUACAGUGAAGUUCAAGAUCGGGUCAUGCUCACUGGCCGCCACAUGGUUCGAGAUGUGAGCUGCAAAAACUGCAAUAGCAAACUGGGAUGGAUCUAUGAGUUUGCUACUGAAGACAGCCAGCGUUAUAAGGAAGGCCGUGUGAUCCUGGAACGUGCACUAGUUCGAGAGAGUGAAGGCUUUGAGGAGCAUGUACCAUCUGAUAACUCUUGAAGAAAAAAGAUAAAUCCAUCUUUUCCCAGGUCUCCUUCACUGAAAACAAAAAUCUCCUUACAUACACUGUCACCUUAGCAUCAGAGUCGGAUUCAUGAACUGCGGAACAAGAGGUUGUGAGCAUCUAAGAUGGAACCUUUCUUCUUUCUUCUUUUUUUUUUUUUUUAAUUUUGUAUUUUCCAUCCAACAGCAGUUUGUAGAGAGAAUUUUAUGCAUUUGCCAUUAAUUUUUUCCCUGUGUUUACAUCUUGAGGCAGAAGGUUUGCAACUACAUGGUGGGCUAUGUAAGGGAAAAAAUUGGGGUCCUUAGAGUGAAAAGGAGUGUUUUGUGUACAUUUUGAGUGGAGAAUAUGUCAAGAGCAUGGUUUUUAAAUUUAUUUGGGCUUCAUUUAAAAUUUUCUUUUUAACCCAGUUAUUUCACUUAAUUUGCUAGCUUCAAGAAGAGAUCCGAAUCUGUGCCCAGCGCUGGAGGCUCAGUGUUAGCGUGGCUUGUGCUGGCCAGUGUGCCAUAUUCUUGUUGGAGAGGAACUGUAGCACCAGAACCCAUUCUUCCUUGUCAGUCUUGACCCACAGAUGUCACCAUCCCUAGUUCCUUGUCACCACGUACUUGGUGUUGAUUGGAAACUUUCUGAAAUGGGGCAGAACUGCUUGGUUGUCUUUUCCCAUGUAACUUAAGCAUAGUAAUAUAAAUAAAGUGGUAGUUGGAUGUUUUGGUCCUGUGUUACUUUUAAAAAUACCUAAUAAGAGAGCAAACGUUUGAUAAGUGAUUUUCUUAGUAGUUAAAGUGAUUCUUCUCAGUCUUAGGCUGUCCUGACUAUGUAUAAGGUUUUUGUAUAGGUGAAAACACACUGUUUAAACAGUGUUGUGUUUGGAAAACAGUUGAGCAAAAUGUCAGUGUGCGUGCUUCCCUGCACCAUCAAUCUGCCCCUGUUCUGAAGGGGGAAAUGAACAACUUCCCUAAAACCACUGUUUGGCCAAGGGUCUCCACCUCCCCACAUUCGUGAUUGGCUUUGUUUGACAAGUCUGUAGCGCUAAUACUUCAUCAAAGGACCGGGUCUCUGCUUAGGUCAUUAUUUCACAUCUUUCCUUAGAAGUUCAGCUACUGCAUUUCAGCUGGACCCGAUACCACCCCCUAUUGGAAAGAGGUCAGAUUGGACUCAAUUUCAGCCCUAAAUUUAUGACAUUACAAAGUAUUAGAAUAUGCUUCUUUAUCCAAACUGUUUCUAGGCAAACUGAUCCUUGCUUUUGGUGAAUUAGACAGGACAGGGAAAUCAAAUGAGUAGUUAUACAAGUGAGUAGAUGGAUAUGUGUCUGCUCAGUUUCCAAGUCAUCUAUGAAGGAAAUUUGCCUGAGUUGAACAAGUGACACUGUCAUUGGCAUUAAUGUGAUUUGUGCUUACAGUCAUCACCAUAGCUCUGCACUCUUGGUCAGCGGCAUGGCUGUCUGGAGCAGUGGAAGUAUAAUACUGCGUCCCAGUGAGUGACACAACUCUGUCUUCACCUUGAAUGAAGCUUCAAGACUUAAGAACAAUAUUUAUUUCCACUGAUUUCUGCACUGGCCUGUGAUGCGGAUUCCUAGUCGCAUGCCUCACCUACAGCAUCGUGUGCAUUGCUGUCAAAAUAAAAUAUAUUUUGUCUUGCA